GCCAUAAAUUUCUGUUAAGCCCAUAUGCUUGGCUCAUAUUAUUGCCGUUCUUUUGCUAUAUCUCCCUCACUUUCUCUCUCUAUAUAUUUGUGGUAAUUGAAAGAGAAACUUAGAGAUUAACUAACAAAGAAAUGCAGACCCAUGAAGCAAUAACACAUGAUGAAGAGAGCCCAGAAAUUAAAGGAGAGAGAGUUUAUCAAAAUAAUAAUGGCAAAGAAAUCAAGGAUAAUUCUAUGGAGCAACAUAAAGUCUCUCUUAUGAGAACCAUGGUUGAUCGUCGAGAUCCCUCGGCUAAGGAGGCAGAUGACUUGAUGUUGAGGAGAUUCUUAAGAGCCCGCGACCUAGAUGUGGAGAAAGCAGCAGGGUUGUUCUUGAGGUAUCUCAAAUGGAGGAGGACAUUUGUACCCAAUGGCUUUAUCUCAGAGACAGAGAUAGAGUAUGAUCUUGGCCACAAAAAAAUGUUCCUGCAAGGCUUUGAUAAGCAAGGCCGCCCUAUUAACGUUGUCUUGGGCAGUAAACAUUUCCAGAAUCCCAAACCAGGAGGUCUUGAUGAGUUCAAGCGAUUUUGUGUCUACUCUCUUGACAAGAUAUGCUCAAGGAUACCGCCUGGACAGGAAAAGUAUCUGGGUAUUGCAGAUCUUCAAGGAUGGGGAUAUUCUAACAGUGACGUCCGUGCAUAUAUAGGGGUUCUCUCUCUACUGCAGGAAUGCUACCCAGAAAGAUUGGGGAAGAUGUUGAUUGUACACGCCCCAAGAAUCUUUAUGACAGUGUGGAAGAUCAUCUGCCCUUUCAUAGAUGAAAAAACCAAGACUAAGAUGGUAUUUGUGGAGAAUCGCCACCUGAAAUCAACCUUGCUAGAACACAUUGAUGAGAGCCAGCUCCCUGACAUAUAUGGAGGCAAACUGCCGCUAGUACCUAUUCAAGAUGCCUGACAGUAAUUAGCAUAACAGAGCGAGACACAGACAGACUAUAUUCAGAAAACAAAAUUUUCAAAAAAAAUUGAAAUGAUUCCUGCACCAUGGAUAGUACCUCUUAACACUCCCACGGGAAUAUAAGUAGCCGGAAGAAUCGAUAGCAUAAACCUCUGUAGUUCAUGUUAAAUUAUGAAAUACUAGGGCUUGCUUUGUGACUGUAUAAGAUAUCCAUCAUACUGCUCCAUCACUGACUUGUUUAAUAACAUCACUAGGAUGUGAUCAUUGUCUAUUAGUUUCUAAAUGAGAUGACAUAUUCCAUCACUUUGCUGCCAAUGUAAGUUUCAGAUUACUUCUACAAUUAUUCACAUUCACAAACUUUAUUUUGUGAUCGUGUA